AUGAAUGUGUAUGGACAUGAGCUAAGCAUUACAUCAAAAGAUACUCCGUCUACCAGCAGGCCAUUGAAGCAAGCUUAUACAAUGUCAAUACAGGAUAUCAUUCAACGGUGUCUUGACAAUCCAAAAAUUUAUUCAAGAAUGUAUUUUGGGAGUGGUAUUGAAGUAGAAAAAAAGACAGGAUUCUGGCAUGGGGAGCUUUGGAAAAAGUCGCCCUUAUUUGGCAAAGAAGCUCUGUACAUAGACAAAGUUACUUAUAAAGUAGGCGAAUGCAUAUUUUGCCGAACAGAUAAACAUGGACAAUUUAUUGCGAGAAUCCACGCUAUUAUCAAGGUUGAAGAGGACUAUUGCUUUAAGGUUGAUAAACUUUUAUGUUAUGAUCAACUACCUUCUCGACUACAGAAUGCAAAAAGGAGAUACAAUGCUAGUAUAUCACGAUGGUUUUUGGAGGGAUACCCGCUUGUCAUACGUAAACAAGAAGUAAUAUCUCACGUAUCAAUCUGGUUUCAAGAUAGUGUUGAGCCCAACGAGUACCAGUACAAGAUUGAAGAAAUUCUCUAUUGUAUUCAUAACUCUUGGAAAAUGCGGCCAAUAUCUAAACGAUGUCUAUUACCUGUGGAAUACAUACCCCCAUUUAAACCACUGCCCGCUUUCCCAGUUCUUAAAAUUUUCAUAGAUUUGUAUGCCGACGAAUUUGGUGCUUAUCGUAAUCUUUUUUAUAAGCUUAAUGGUGUAUACGUGCAGUUUGGAAAUAUGCCUUUUAGCAUGCGAAAACAGAUUAAAAAUCAUUUUUUAAUUGGCUUUGUGCCUUUUGGUGGCUGUCUGAGUGACUUCUUGAAACCGUUCUGUAACGAGAUAAGAGCUCUUCAACAGGGUGUCUUUAUGUCAACAAGGCAUGGCCAAUUCUGGGUGGUUGCUGGAAUAGGUUGUGUUACAGCAGACCUACCACAAGGAAAUGACUUUGCUAGAGUGAAACGACACGGAGCGAAACAUGGCUGUCGUACAUGCGCAGCAGAUCAGAUACAUUUGACAGAUUCGAAAUACGAUUAUAUUGCCAAUGCACGUUUUCACCAAGAGACUGAAAGAUAUCAUAUGCAAUUAAAAGCACUUCAUACAUCGACAGCCAAAGAACUAUUAGCAACAAAACAUGGAAUUUCACUGAAGCAAGGACCCCUUGAUACACUAGUAUGGGAUUAUCAUGUACAAACGCCACAGGAUGCUUACCAUUCUAUGGCAGGAAAAACUUUGAGACUGUUAAAUAUUACAAUGAACUUGCUCAACACUCGAGGAGAAGCAGCAUGGCUCUACCAUUGGAAACACAUUGAAAAACCAGUAGGCUGGUCGACAUUACCAAAUCCAUUAUCUCAUUUACACAGUUUUAACUUCAGUGAUGUCUUGAGAGCAGUGAUGAUAGCACCAUUUAUUCUGCGACGUUUUCUGAUGCCUACUAAAAUUAAAACUCAUAUUCUUCAUAGACUCAAAGAACAAUUGGGUUUAAAAUGGGACAGUCAAGUUUCAAACCAAUUGAUUAACUGUUGGGUAAUUGUUUCCAAAUCUCUAAAAAUGGUAUUUUCCAGAAGCUUCACAGAAUCGGAUUAUGAGACUCUGGCAACCACUCUAAAUGAAGAGCAUGACAUUCUUGUUAAGGUGUUCCCAGAUAUGUUUAAGAAUCUCCCAAAUGUUCACGUGAAUCUACAUCUACCACAACAUGCUCGCAAUUUUGCAACACUUCUGAAUACGUCUGUGGGGACCAAAGAAAUGGUUCACCGAAUCUUCAAAAAUAUGGUGCCACAUACAAACAAAAAGAAUUUGGAAUGGGAUCUUACUCGUCGGUAUAAUACACAUCAAGCAUUGCAGUUUAUAAUGGAUGGGGGUGAAGAUAUAAGAUUUCUGGGCCAGCAUAGUCAGCUUGUCGACAUGAUAUCAGAUGAUUGUAUAUCACAGUUAUUAUCUGGAUGGUUUGCUAUAGACAUGGAUGAUGAAACUGCUGGCAAAGAAGAUGGUCCCCAAAUAGGUAGAACAGUUUCACGCCUACCUUACUUCGACAAAAUUAUCCUGCAUAGAAGAUGGGACAGAUAUCAAAUAACAGAAGCAGGAUUCUCGGAUAGGCUGAGUCCCUGCAACCUGCUUUAUAGGGAUCUUGUACAGUCAUAUUCAGAUGACCUGAAUAUGGAUGCGGCAUUGAUCAACACCAAAAUUGAAUAUUACACCAAUAUUACUUACAGGAUAACAGAAGAUGAUGGAAGUGGAAACAAUACCAACUAUUAUGCAUUCUUGGUAUUUGAUUGGUUUGAAGCAGUCAAUGAGGAUGAUAGUAUUCUUCAGUGCCCAUAUUAUGAUCUGCAAAACAAUGCACAUGCAAUGGCUGUCAUGAUAUUACCAAUCAUUGCUAUAUUCAGAACAUUUUCUCCUACAAUGCAAUCUAGUUACGAAACACUCCUAAGUCCAUAA